CGCCAAGAAGCCUCCGGCGAUUGGGGUGGAAUUUUUCCCCCGAUGCACGGGAGUAUGUAUGCUUUGCUGCUCGAAGGAUACCGCUUGGAUGACGAACCGGUGCGCCUCGGUUUCGAAGCUCUGGAACGUUUCACCUGGCAGGAUGAGCUGGGCAAAAGGAUCCAGGCCUGCGUGUCUCCAGUCUGGGACACAGCGCUUAUGACCGUCGGGUUAUGCGACGCCAUGUCCACAGACAAGGGACAUCUCGACCGAGCGGUCAAUUGGAUUCGACGCCGUCAAAUCUUUGAUCUGCAUGGAGACUGGCGCGUCUACCGUCCCAACCUCGCGCCCGGGGGCUUUAGUUUUGAGUACGACAACACGUGGUACCCCGAUGUAGACGACACUGCAGCCAUCAUUCUCGCACAAAUCAAGCAGGACCCGACGUCGGUAUCCUCUUUCUCCGUGGUGCAAGCCACCAAUUGGAUAUUGGGGAUGCAGAACCCUGAUGGAGGAUGGGCUGCCUUUGAUGUUGGGAACGACAAGCUUUUCCUCAAUAAGAUCCCUUUCAGUGAUAUGGACAGCCUGUGCGACACCUCCUGCGCCGACAUCACGGGUCGCAUCCUUGAAGCAUUUGGGUUGUUGAUGCGAACUCCCGAUAAGAGCAACACAGUCGUGCACCUCUACCCUCAGCUUCGUCUGGCUUGCCAGCGUGCGAUCGGCUACCUCGCCUCCACCCAAGAGUCUAAUGGAAGCUGGUUUGGUCGAUGGGGGUGCAAUUAUAUUUACGGCACUUCCCACGCGCUGUGUGGUCUGGCCUACUUUAUCGACGAGGACGAACGCGUUCAGGGGAUGGUAGAUCUUUCGAAAGAGUGGUUAAAAUCUAAUCAAAAUGUUGAUGGUGGAUGGGGCGAAUCGUUACUCACGUAUAAAGACCCAAGUAUGACGAUCAAGGGCCACAAGUCCACUGCUGCGCAAACUGCGUGGGCGCUGAUGGCGCUGCUGGCAUAUUUGCCACACACAGAUGAGAUAAUUGCGCGAGGCGUCAGGCACCUCGUCGGGUCUGUGGAAAUUGUGUGUCGGGAGACGGGAGAAAGGACGGAGAAAAUCUCCACGGGAACAGGGACGGAUAAAAUGCACGCUGGAACGUGGACGGAUAAACUGUACACAGGAACCGGAUUUCCGAAACAUUUCUAUCUGGGAUAUGUGUAUUACGCCCACUACUUUCCCAUGAUGGCGCUGGGAAGAUAUAUGCAGAAAGCGUCGGCCCAAGGAUGACGGCUCGCGCGGUGGACUGGUUCGUAU